AUGCGUCGCUUUCCCUUCCGACCGUCCCUCUCCCUUCUGCUGUCGCUCUCCCUUCCGACCGUCGCUCUCCCUUCCGCCGUCGCUCUCCCUUCCACCGUUGCUCUCCCUUUCGUCCUCGCUCUCCCUUCCACUGUCUCUCUCCCUUCUGCCAUUCGCCCUCCCUUCUUCUUAAAGCCCUCCCUUCUGCUCUUCCCCUCGCUUUCUCUAUCUCCCUCUCUCCUUGUCGCCAUUGCAAUCCCAGUCUCCCUCUCUCCCCAUCGCCAUCGCUUUCCCCGUCGCCCUCACUUUCUCCGUUGCUCUACCAUCCACUGCUCAUCACCCUCGCCUUCCCUCCCGUCUCCGUUCCCAUCUUGCACAUUUGUCACCCUCCCUUUUCUCCCCCUACUCCCUCUUUUCCCCCCUCCAAUAAUCUCCUUCCUUCCCCCCACUUAUACCACCCUCCACACCGCUUACCUCUUUCCCUCUUUCCCCCAUUCUCCGCCGUGCUCCCCACCAUCCUCUGCCCUGCUCUCUCCCCAGCAUCUGCCCACAUUCCCCCCAUCCUCUUCCCUUUUUCCCCGCACCCCCUGCCCUGCUUUCCUCCAUCAUCUGACCUGCUUUCUCCCAUCAUCCUCUGACCUGCUUCCCCCUACUUCCCCCCACUAUCGGCCCUACUUCCCUCAAUCCCCUGCCCUUCUUCCCCCCAUAGUAUCCCUUUCCAUGUGUCCUUCCUCUCCCUGCCCGUGUGUCCUCUCCCUAUCGUUCGCAGUUCCCCUGCUCGUCACCCUCGCUCGUUGGGGAAAUGCCCGCCGCAAGUGCGGGCGUUGUGCGUCUGCCCCCUCUCCCAUUCCGUUCUGCUUUUUUGUUCGCAUUCCUUCCCACCCUCUCUCAAUCCUUCCCACCCUCUCUCAUUCUUUCCCACCAUCUCUCAUUCCUUCCCACCCUCUCUUAUUCAUUCCCAACCUCUCUCAUUCCUUCCCACCCUCUCUCAUUCCUUCCCACCCUCUCUCAUUCCUUCCCACACUCUCAUUCUUUCCCACCCUCUCUCAUUCCUUCCCACCCUCUCUCAUUCCUUCUUACCCUUUUGCCCCCAUUCCUCCUCGCCCUCCCUCUCUCAUCCAUUCCUGA